UUCCAUCAAGAGUGCAUAGCAGGACAGAAGAUGGCUUCAGCUAGACUUCUGUGUGUUGUUAGGCAAGACUUAUACCAGCCAAUGCAAAGUUUAAUAUCAAGAAACUUAUUCCGAAAGCAACAAAUUAAAGCCCUAGUAUGUCCAUGUAGUUUUUAUACCUCACAAACCAAAGAUUUUUCAGAAGCAAGAGUAGAAGUCAGGAAUGGCUUGUCAGUGUUUACAGUGCCUUUACCUUCCAGGAGAGAGGAAUGUGAAUUCACCCUCAAACCAGUCUCCCAGACAGUGGGGGAUCUUCUCCACUACAUGAUGCUGGAGGAUGGGGGCAUUGAUAGGGCAGCUGUGUAUACUGAUGAUGGUGUCAGGAUAUCUCGAUCCACAACUAUAGAUGUUUUGUUAAGGAACAGCUUUAAACUUGUGAUAAAUAGCACAGAGUAUGACAUAAAGGCUCCAGAAGGAUUUGAAGCUGCAACGAGUGAAGAUAUAAAAGAGCUGUCCGAUGCCAAGAACCUAAUUGCUCAUCUUUACUCAACAAUGAAUGUCGAACAACAUCAGAUAGAGAAAGAGAAAGAACUCCUGCAGAAACUAGAAAACCUCAAACUAGAGUUACUUCCCAUGGAAAAACAAAUGGAUACACUAAAUGCCAUGGCCAAGCGCCGUACAGAGAUUUUAUCCUGGGCGGGUCUGGCUGCUAUGGGGAUACAGUUUGGGUUCCUGGCCAGGCUGACAUGGUGGGAUUAUUCCUGGGAUAUUAUGGAACCUGUCACGUACUUUGUGACCUAUGGAACAACCAUGGCCAUGUUUGCAUACUUUGUUCUCACUAAACAGGAGUACAACUUUGUGGAGGUAAAAGAUCGACAACACUUGCUCUCUGUACACGGCAACGCAAAGAAGACAGGACUCGAUGUAGCUAAAUAUAAUGAACUGAAGGAGGCCACCGCUAAGCUUGAGUAUGAUAUCAAACGGCUGAGAGACCCCUUACAGCUCCAUGUACCAAUGAUGGACCCACCAAAAACACUGAAGUGAAGACUCUCUAGUACAAGAGUAACAUGGCAUUAACUAACUAGAAGAUUGCAUUGGUUAGGUUGGGUUAAGAUUUAGUCUGUUCAAUUAACAUAGGUGUAUACAACUUGUAGUCUUUCUCUUUUUUUCCCUCUAUAAACUUAACAGAUUUAUUGAGAUUUGAACAAUUUUUUAUUGGAUCCUUACAAAAAAAAAUCAAAUUACUAGUAUAUUGAAUAAGUUAAUAUUAUGCUCGCCAGGUCCUUUCACUGAACAGAACUAAACCCUAUUGUGUUGUUUACCACCAGAAAGAAGUAUUUUAUUUAUUGAGCCCUAAAGUGUUAAAGAAAGUAGAUGCAGCAAAACAAGGUCAAAGUAUCAACCCUUUUUGUAAUUUUUUUUUUCCAAAGACCUUGGUUUUUCAAGGUUAUUAUAGUUGGUGAGCAAAGUCAGAUCAAAUCCCCAAAUCAAGAAAAAAUCACAAGGUUUAAAGAACAAAAAAUUGAAUAUAAGAGAUUGUAGGCAAUGAUAAGGUCAUUACGAAGCAGUAGCGUUCUGUCUGGGCAGCCACUGUGCAAUUUUUGUUCACUAGUCACUUGAUGGCCAGUUCUAAAAUUUAUAAUGAGAACAGAGACAUUGGUAAGAAUUUCGAUAAUGCCUGCUGAAUGAAGACAAUCUCAAUAUUAAUGCAGUGAGAACAUUUUGUGUCCCAUCAGUUUUCGUCAAGUUUUCGCCUUCCACUGAUGGCCCCUGAUUGUGUUACAGUUGUCAACAGUAAUUCACUGCCUACCACCAUUGUAAACAUCAUAACUAAAAUAACUCGAGCUUCUUAGAUUUUCAAACAUUUAUGCAUUCAGUGAGGGAGCUCCAGCAACACAAAACAAAUUGCAAAAAACAAAUUGCAAGUCUUCACUUAAUUAAUGUAGAAGGGCAAGAAGAUCAAAUGACAGAAAGAUUUGGAGAAACACUGGUUUAAUUUGUACAUUGAAGAGGAAUUAAAUUAUUUAAAAUAAGAAUGUGCACAUGUUUUGAUUCAAUGCAUUUAUUACAAAGCCACUGAAUUUCAUAAAUUUAACUUUUAGUUUGUUUCUAAAAUGAUUCAUUGAAAUUUUCUCAACCUCUUUUACAUGUAUUGCUUAAAAACUCUCUACUUAGAUGCUACAAUAAAUACUUCAUCACCAAGAUUUGACUGUAAGGUUAAUAGCUGGAAAAUGUUCCUCCAAUUUUUAAGAUUUCUGUACUUCAAAGUUUUAAUAUACAUGUAUAUAUAUUAAUGUCACAAACAAAUUGUACAUUUGAAAGUAAAGUUACAUAAGAGUUCACUUUCAUUCAUUUCCUAUGAUUUUAUAACCUUUUCCAUGAUAUAGUGCUAUCCAUCUGUUUAUACUGUAAAAUUUAUUCCAUGCUUCCAUUUUGUUUUAGUUUAAAACUUGCUUUACAUUGUAUUUAUAUUAAGUUUAUAUCUUGUUAGCAUUGUUAAUUGUUUACCCAGAAUAUGAAUUCAGAUGAUAUAAUAUGUACUUACUGCUGUAAGGGUACAAACACAAAAUUUUAUUGCAUAUUAUAAUCGAUUAUUUAGGUAGGUGGGAUAUAUAUAACUAAAGAAAUGUUCUUUCAUAGCUGUUUUUAUAUGAGCACAGAAUGAUUUUUGUUUGGUUAUUUCUACAUUUGUAAAGUUGUAACUCACUUUACCUCUAUAGCAGUACAUAUCAUAAUAUCAUAUUACUGAAGUGUAAUGCUGCAUAAGUCUUUAAAACUGAAUUAAGUUUUAAAUUAUUUUGCAUUUCUUGGAAGUGAAAAGUAGGUCAAGUUAAUGACCAGUGGACGAGUGUAGCAAUGGUUUUGUAAAGUAGUCCUAACAUGCACAAAUACCAAUUACUUCAGAAUCUGCACAAUUGUGAAUGAAUUCAACACAAUGUGAUACAAAAUGAGAUAUUUUUCUACACCCCUUUAUCUCCUGUCCCCGUAGUUUAUGUAUACAGUAGAUCCUCCUUUGGGAGAGUCCCUAUUGCUUAAUUGUAAGUUUUUUCCUUGUUAUGCAAUACAUCAUGUAGGACUUACCCCGGUUUAUUUUUAGCUCCGUUAAUUUUUCUUUUCUAGUAGACCAAGACCAUUUGUUAUUAUUUAUUUCUGUUUGUACCAUUUGUUGGGAUGACCUGUUUUCACCCCAGUAAGGACCACUUGCACUUCAACAUCUUAGGGCCAAAAAGUUUUAUGUUUUUUAUCUGAAAUACCAUUACAUAUAAUAAAAUAGCAAAAUUCAGAAAGAAUUGAGCAUUUAAGUCAGAGAGCAUUUUCCUUGACAAUGUACUGUAGUUCAAAAUAAAAGUUUAAAUAGUAGAAAAUGUGUUAAAAUGUUUGUAAACAUGAAUCAUUUUUACUCCCUUUAAAAUUAUUUGAAGAUACUUGCUUUUGAUGUGAACAAAAAAGCAGCAUUUCUUUUAUUCAGAUAUGACUGAGAAGUUACAGAGAUUAUUGGUACAGGGAUGUUAUUGGGGUGAAAACAGUACUUGUGAUAAUCAUUAUUUUUCGUUAGAUAUUUAUGCACCUGAUUCCCUAUGGUGAUGUCUUUACAUUUUCCUGGGGUAAUUCUAGAAAGAUUUCUUUAUAUAUACACUAGUGUCUCUUAUUAUUUGUCCUUCAAGUGUAAGUAUCAGUUAGGACUUUUUAUAUUAAAAAUUUUGAACAAUGAA